AGCAAGCCACCAACCCGCAGCAGCGUUGUCGCGGAAUCACGACAGCCGACACACCUGAAAGAGAAACUCUUGCGGAAACAAUAACAGAACCAACACCAAACCUCAAACGACCUCGUCGAUAUUUGCACAGACACCACCGAAUAUCCCCUCCAACCGUACAUAAUCUUUCAGGAUGGCUGCGCCAGUAACGACAGUUUUCCCAACUCAAUCGUUGCCCGCAUGCGUAACAGCAUGCGGUCCUCUAUACGAUGUCAACGGAGCCUGCGCAACCGCGACAGCCGCCGCCAAUGUUCUCCAGAACUGCUUCUGUGGUGAUGCACGAUUAGCUCCCUUCAGUACCGGCACGGCCGGCGUGUGCGAUGGUGCUUGUGCGGCUACUCCUACAGAUUUGGCACGCAUUCAGGCAUGGUACACAGGCUACUGCAAGGCCACUGCGACUAGUACAGCAGCAACGUCGACAAGUACUGCUGUCGCCAGCAAGGCGAAAGGCGGCGGAGGCACAUGGGUGGACAACCACUACCAAUGGAUCAUCUUCCUCGUCAUCAUCGUCGUCGCCAUCGUCGGCAUUUGGAUAGGCGCCUGCUUCUGGCGGCGGUCCUACCUUCGCAAGCGGGACCGUCGGUACGCGCUCGACCAAAACCUCGCCCACACCACCGAGUCCGGCCGCGUGGUUCCCAAUGACGGCGUGCAUGUUCCCGGAGCGACCAUGUUCUCCCCGGCCCCGAUCGCUGAGGCCACCGUGUUCGACGAGAAGCCCAAGAAGACGAAGAAGAAGUGGACUGUCAAUGAGAGGACAUGAGUUGACAUAAAGGGCCUUGCUUACGUUCACGUAUAUGGCUGUUGGAACCCGAACGGUUGCUUGACUUUUCUGUGGACACUUGAGAAGGGAAAAAGUAAAAGAAGAACAUGGACAAAUACGCCUCCAUCGACGCGGACGCCGUCAUGAUAGAUCUGUCUUUCGCUGCCGCCGCCGCCGCCCGCCGCCCCUCCUCACAUUCCCCUCCUUCGAACGGGGUCAGGUUUCGCAUAUUUUGUUUUAGUCACCAACAUCAUCAUCCUUCCUCUCUUUUUGGGUAUCACCGGGCGGGUUCCAUG